AUGCACCUUGAACUUUUGAAGUGUCUUGUGCAUUAUGUGUUCAAUCCUGCACUGGUUGGAGGAAAUUUGGCAGAUACUAUAACAUUUGAAAAUUUUGUUACACUGUGGUUUAUGCCAGUGAACAUUCUCAUUACAUUUAUAAUAGAAUCAAUUUUGGGAUGGAUCUUAGUCAAAAUCACAAGGGCUCCCAAAAACCUAGAAGGUUUGAUAAUUGGUGUCUAUUCAGCAGAAAACUUAGGAAACUUGCCUAUAAUCAUUAUCCCAGCUAUAUGCAAAGAUAAAGGUAGCCCUUUUAGAGAUCCUGAUGUCUGCUACAAAUAUGGGAUGACAUAUUCUUCACUAUCUAUAUGCAAAGAUAAAGAU